CUUGCCUAGAAUCAGCCUGGCCAUGGAGGUCUGGCUCUGGAGCAGAAAAUGAUGAAGAAAGAAGCUCUUCUCCUCAUCCCCAACGUCCUGAAGGUUUUCUUAGAAAAUGGGCAGAUCAAAUCAUUCACUUUUGAUGGCCGGACAACUGUUAAGGACGUGAUGGUGACAUUACAGGACCGGCUUUCCUUGAGGUGCAUUGAGCACUUUGCCCUUGUCCUUGAAUAUGCCGGGCUGGAACAGAAUCACAAGUUCCUGCUUCUCCAGGACAAGCAGCCCCUGGCUUAUGUGGUACAGCGGACACACUACCAAGGAAUGAAAUGCCUCUUCCGAAUCAGCUUCUUCCCCAAAGACCCCGUGGAACUGCUGCGGCGGGAUCCUGCUGCUUUUGAGUACCUGUACAUCCAGAGUCGGAACGAUGUUAUCCGAGAACGCUUUGGAAUGGAACCCAAGCCAGAGAUGCUUUUGGACCUCGCCGCCCUUCACAUCUAUAUCACGGUCUCAGCCACUCGACCUAGUCAGAAGAUCUCGCUCAAGAAUGUAGAGAAGGAAUGGGGCCUGGAACCCUUUCUUCCCCCCUCCCUCCUACAGGGCAUCAAAGAGAAAAACCUCCGGAAAUCUCUAUCUCAGCAGUUGAAGGCCCACCAAAUGCAUCCUUCCAGUGGCACCAAGGGCUCUGCAAUUCAGGCAAAGCUCCAGUAUCUUCGAAUUCUGAACGAACUUCCGACCUUCACGGGCGUUUUGUUCAACACUGUGGGACUGGACGAGAAGCAGUCAGCCACCACUCUGCUGGUGGGACCCCGUCACGGCAUCAGCCACGUCAUUGACCUCAAAACCAACCUCACCACUGUGCUGUCGGAGUUCAGCAAGAUCAGUAAGAUCCAGCUGUUCCGGGAGAACCAGGGCGUGGCCCGGGUGGAGACCAGCAUCAUGGAUGCCAAGCCUCUGGUGCUGUUGAUGGAGUGGCCCGAAGCCACCAACUUUGCCUGCCUGAUUGCGGGGUACUGCCGUCUCCUUCUGGACUCCAGGAAGAUGGUCUUUUCCAGGCCUGCCAGCCAGCCACUUCCGCCUCCAAUGAUCAAGGCAGAUUACAUGCACAGCGCCCACCGCCCUGUCACUGGGGGCCACCUGGGGAAAAAGGAGAGUAGUUAUGUGGGCAGCGUGGGCGCCAGCCCCCGGAAGUCGAACCACUGCACACCCCCACCUGCCGACUCUGAGCUUGUCAGCUUUUGCUACCUCCACAUGCGGGAACAAAGGAAGGAGCAGGAAAGCCGGAUGGAUGUCAAUGAGAACUUAAUCUUCUUUGAGGAGACCAGGCCCCGGACCAAGUCCGAUCCCACUUCCAAAAGUUCCGGCCAAGGCUAUGAGGCGAUCCCCGAUGACUUUGAUGCAGCCAGCCUCAACCAUGAGCCUUGCGCCAGCAGGGCCCGCUCCUACACCUUAGACAAUUCCCUUGGGGCCGAAGCCCUGAAUUUCUACUGUGACUCUUGCAAAGCCAAACUCCAGGAGCAGCUGGGCCCUCGCAAAGGUGGAAAGCCCAGCUCUUCUCGUGACAAUAUGGUAGACUUGAUGUCCCUCCCACCCCCUGGGAGCGAGGAGGAGGAGGAGGAGGAAGAUGAGAGCACUUCGCUGUUGCCUGCCAUUGCCGCCCCACCUCCUGGUUUCCGAGACAAUAGUUCUGAUGAGGAGGACCCCAAGCGCCGGGCAGUCCAGAGCCAGGAGCAAGGACGCCACCUGUGUGGGCUCUUGUAUGAUGAGAUUCCAGUGACACUCAUUGACAGUGUGCAGACCCGGACAGUACGAGAUCAUGCCCAGGAGCUAGAUGAUGCCCUGGUGUCCACUCUGCAGGCUCUGGAAGCCCUGGCAGCCUCAGAGGAUGGACCACACCCCCCACCCCCACAGACUGCAGGUCUGAUUGUGCUGGCUACAAUCACCCCUGAAUCAUCGCUGGACUCAGGCCAUGAAACCAACUCCUCAGAGCUCACAGACAUGUCAGAGAUGAUGUCUGCCAUGAAGCAGCACCAGAACACCACCUAUUUUCUGGCCCAGCACCUCAACAAGGAGAGCCUCCUGGCUCGCAAGGAUUUGCCCUUCCGGAUCCAGAGCUGCGCAGCCCAGGCUGUCCUCACGGCCCCUUAUGCUCUUGGGCGCCCAGAUCCCAACCCAGCACUGCAGCCAACUGUCACAGGCCAGAGUCCUGGCCCCCCUGGCGCUCGGAGGAAGCUGCCCACAUCAGAAUCCCAGCCACAGAGGGAGCGAACAUACGCCCUGGCAGUGCACCCGGCGCUGUCCCCACAGCUCAGUGAGCAGAAGAAUCUGAGCCUGCUGUCCCCAGUUCCUGAGGACAAGGGGCCUGGCCACACUCAGGCAGGCCUGGAGGUGUCACUGAGGGCAGCCACACCGUCCCUCAGUGAAGAGCAGGUCUCUGAACUAAGGGAGAACGUGCCCAAAGAAGUCAGGUUGAGUCCCAAGCUUCUCUUAGAUCCGAAGGGCAGCGUGACCCCGGCUAUGAUCUCAGCCGCCCUCCAGCAGGUGGUUCACCCUAAGAGCCUCUCUACCCCUGGCAGGGCCAUAGUGAACCCCCCCAGCAGUGGGGAGAGAAGGCUGGAGACCAGUGUGGGGAGGCCCGAGGUCAGCAUGGGAAGGACGGAAGUUACCAUGAUGAGCGGUAGUGCCAAUAAGAAUCUGAAGUUCAAAAUAAGCCCUGGUGCUCCAGAGACCUCUCAGAAUUCCCAGCAGCAGCUGAGCCUCGAGGUCUCCUCUGGCUCCAGAGCACCUGCAGGCAGCCGGGCUGACAGCCCACAUCUCUCCCCACAAGAGGACAGGCUGCCUGUUCAGAGUUUCCCUCCGAAAAGCUACCUUUCACGAGCAAGCAGAGAGUCAUUGAGCAAGCAGUCUAUAGGGGAGGUGGCAGGCAAGGCUGGGCCAGAGGGUGCUAAGCCCACCCUGCACAAGCAGGGCACCGUAUCCAGCCAGGGGGAGAAGGGGCAGCUGGAGGGCAUGGCCCAGAGCAGCAAGAUCGAGGAGACCAGCGUGGUACCCCGAGCCGGCUAUUCCAUGGCUCUUCAGAGCCCCAGCUGCCAGCCCCAUGGCCACAGCCCCAGCAGCCAGUCCCGAGGCCAGAGCCCCAGCUGCCAACCUCGGGGCCAAAGCCCCCUGAGGCCCCAGGCUGCCAGCCGGCAGGUGAGCACCAUGCCCUCCCUGAAGCUGGAGACAACCCUGGAUGGAGCCCACUCAGCCUCUGAAGGCCCCACAAAGCCCAAGUCCUCCCGAGGGCCCUUCCGGCUCCGCAAUUUAUUCUCUGCCACGUUCCCGACCCGCCAGAAAAAGGAGACUGAUGAGCGGCAGGCCCAGCUGCAGAAGGUAAAGCAGUACGAGCUCGAGUUCCUUGAAGAGCUUCUGAAGCCCCCGAGCCAGGGGGAGCUGCCAGGCACUGAGUACCUGCAGCCCCCGGCACCAGGCCGCUGCAGCUGCCAGCUGCGCAGCAGCCCUGUGCAGCAGGGGCCUGGCAUGUCACGGGAGCAGAGGCGCAGCUGUGAUUGCAAGCGCCUCUGCCGGGGGGGCCGGCCUCAGGCCCCUCAGACGCCAGUGCCCGGCCUCCAGGGGCGGGAGAGGGACAGAGUCCCCCUGACCCAGAGGCAGCCAGAGGCCGGCCCGGGCCUGAGGAGCCUCAGCAGCCCCACCAACGUGGGGCGCAUCCGCUCCACCAGCCUGGAAUCCCGAGAGUGCCGAUCAGACCCAGAGAGUGGCAUUUCCUGCCUGACCACGUGUGCCUCAGGAGGGGAGUGUCUGGGAGCACCCAACUACCGGAAGCUGAUGCGCCGCUACAGUAUCAGCGAACUGGAUCAGGGUGACAGGGCAUCACUGACCUCGGACAUCUAUCCGCACCCACCCCUGGGCAUGCUGCCUAGGGAGGCCAAGGAGGUAGAGGCAGGCCUCCCCCUGGGCCUGGGUCCCAAAAACAAGCCACUGGAGUCACCAACCCUGGGAGACCCCUCAUAUGUCCAGGUUGCCCCCGAGACCAAAGGCCCCAGACAGAUGGCAGUAUUCUCACUGCCGGAAGAGGUGUACCAAAAGCCCGUCGACCUGGAUGAGGACAGCGAGAGCGGCAAAUGCUGCUCCAUCCGCUACUGCUUCUAUUACCGCAAGUGCGACAUGGGGGAUGACGCCAGUGAUGGCAAGGAUGAGCUCUCCUAUUCCAUCCCCAUGAAGAUCCUGCCGGGCAUGAAGUUGGAAGAGCAGGUGGUGCCCGUGAUGAGCAGGACCCUGGAGGUGCUGGAUGCUGCCACUUGCAGCAGCAGCAGCCCCGAAGCCUCCCGCACCCAGGAAAUUGACCUGCGGGUUUCCACCUUCGAGGGGAGCCUGGCCAAGAUCAGUGCCCUGCGGGCCCGCGCCUACGGCCUGCCCGACGGUUUCCUGGCCGCCAGGCUGGACACCAACGAGCUGCUGACGGUCCUGCGGCAGUGCGUGGCCAGCCCUGAGGCCCGUGCUCCAAAGCCCUAUGUCUCUCAGAUCUCUGAGUACAAGCUCGAGCUUUCUCUCAAGUUCAAGGAGCUCCGGGCCUCCUGCCGCCGCGUGGCCAAUGUGGACAAGAGCCCAACUCACAUGCUGGCAGCCAUCACGGGCAGCUUCCAGGUGCUGAGCAGCCUCAUCGAGACCUUUGUGCGGCUGGUAUUCAUCGUGCGCUCCGAGGCCCAGCGCCAAGAGCUGCUGGCCAAGGUUGAAGAGGUGGUGAGGAACUACACCUUCCUCCUGCGUGCGGCCGAGGAGUCCACCACCCGGAACCUUAAUCAGCAGCAGCAGCAGCAGCAGCAGCAGCAGCAGCAACAGCAGCAGCAACAGCAGCAGCAGCAGGCAGCAGCUGUUGGGGUGGCCACAGGGCACUUCCCGGGCGCCCCAACUUCAGCGACUGUUAUGAGCACAUUCACCCGCUCCUUAAAAACCCUCAUCAAGUAG